UACAACACCGAUUAUAACACUACCGCGCGUGCAGGAAAAAAACGUGCGCUUUUACGUUUCCAUAUCAAAUUGUGUUAUUUUUCCUAAAUUUCGGUAUUCCUGCUACCUAAAUCACACCCAGAAAGAUGUGGCCGCGGUUUGGCAUCAAGAUUGGCAACAGCACGCUGUGCAUCGCUCACGUGCGGGAGGACGGCAAGGCGGAUGUGAUCGCCAACAAGCAGGGUGACCGCGUUUCGCAGGCCUGUCUUCUCUGGGACGGCGUCUCGGAGAUCGAAUGCGGCCUUACCGCCAAACAGAAGAUGGCCACGAGACCCCGGCAAGCGGUAGCCCACAGUUUCCAGCUACUGCAGCCCAAGGAUCAGCUCACGGAGGAGAAGCUCUCCGGCGCCCUCAAGGAAAUCCCCUGCGACUUUGACCAGGAAGAGCUGGUCUUUCGCAUGGAGCACACGGUGCCUUCGGAAAAGGAGGACCAGGACGAUAAGGUUGUGACCAAGGACCUAAGUGCCUAUCAAGUGACGGUGGAGCUGCUGCGCGCGGAACUGGAAUUGGCUCACCAAUACCACACGGAUGCCGAACAGGCGCCCAUAGCCGUGCUCUCCAUACCCAGCUACUACCCUCAAGACUCCUGCAAACUACUGGCUGAUGCCGCCCAGUCUGCGGGUUUCCAUGUGGCCCAAAUCAUAACCGAACCUACUGCCGCCGUUUUAGGCUACAGGAUUGGAGAGGAGCAGGCGGAGCAGCGACGUCACGUUCUGACCAUUAAGUGCGGUGGCCUCUACAGCGACUUUGCCUUCUACGCAGUUCAGGAUGGACUCUUUGUCCAGCUGGCCACCUUCGGUCCCUAUCCAAUCGGGGGCCGCCAGUUCACCGAGGCUCUGGUCCAGUUUAUCUGCGAGGAGUUUCGCCGCAAGUACAAGCUGGACCCGCACGAGUCGCGUCGCUCCCUGGCCAAGAUCCGCACCGCUGCUGCCAACUGCAAGCACAUACUGACCACGCUGCCCUCCACGCAGCUGUACAUCGACUCCCUUAUGGAUGGUGUGGACUUCAACGCCCAAAUGUCGCGCGCUCGAUUCGAGAGCCUGAUUCAGCCGGUGAUCAACAGCCUCCUCCAGCAGCUGAGCGAAUGCGUGGAGCAGGCGCAAAAGGAGCACCCCGGACUAAGUACCAUCGAUGACAUCGUGCUGUUAGGAGCCACAAUGCAGAUCCCCAAACUCCAAUCGGCACUAGCAGCACGCUUCCCGGAUGCCAAGCUGCACAACAGCCAUUCGGCCGACGAGGUGGUGGCCAUCGGCUGUGCCCGUCAAGCCGUUUGCCUGCUGGAUCCUCUGGAACAGCAGCUUCACAAAGAUGAGGAUUGUGUGGUGGCCGAGGACGACCUGUACAUUUGGCAUGGCAACGAUGAAGCCAAUGCCAAGUUAGUCCUAGGAAGGGGAAGCGUGUUGCCCGCCAAGAUCCGGAUAUCCCUGCCUCAGUCCGGGGAGGCCAAUGGAGAUGCAGGAGACAAUGCGGCGGUGUCGUUCAAGCUGCGCACUGGAGAGAGCGAGAUUCUGGCCAAACUGCCCGACACUACGCAAGCAGAGGAUGGUCUGUUCCAGCUGGAGGUUGAGGUAGACGUGGACGAUAAGGACGGCAACGUUGUGCCGCUGGUGCGACUACGGUGCAUGUGAGACCCGGAAUUGGAAUCGUGCUCCGUCGCCUAGUCUAUUUAUUGUUGCUAGCCUAAUGAUUACGAUACACAAGAGUAAAAAAUAAAUACGAAAGCUGCAAUCAAAGUUUUGUGCGAAAAAAUUUAAAAA